AUGGGUUCACAGUUUUUAGAUUCACAAAUUGAUGGGACCGUAACUCCUAGUUCUCAGUUGGAUUUAACUCAAUCUCAGAGUUAUUUUAAUACUCAAACUACUCCGAAGGAUGAGGAGGAGCAAGCCAUUGAAGUUGGUCAUUAUAGUACCAAUAGAAAAACCAAAGAUUGGUUAAUUGCAAGACUACUUUGCAGAUGGUGGUAUGUAUUUCCUGAUUGGCCUCCUCCAGAUUUUGACUACAAUACCGAGUUGGAAAAGAGGAAGUUCCGCCUUUAUACAGUGGAGGAGUUUGAAAAUGUGGAAAAUGUCGACUCUAAUGGUUACUCUAAAGUUUAUCAAGUUACUGCCUUUCCAGGAGUGUUUAGAGAUUAUAACGGAGUGGCACAUGAUUUGAGACCUUUAGAGGGUAAACCCUGUUACAACAAUUACUGCAAGUUCAGUGAGCAGAAGCUGUAUGAGCUCAUUGAACAGGGCAUUAGGAAACAGCUGGAAAUACUGUCGCACUCCAAAUACGACGAAAAAUCAACCAUUCGCUUUCUUAACGAGGUAUAA